AUGGGUCAUGAUGUUUUGAUUGCAUGUGUUGGGAAACCAAGUGCUGGAAAAUCAUCCUUUUUAAAUGCUAUAUCGGAUGCCACUGCCAAAGUCGGCAAUUUUCCAUUCACUACCAUCAAACCUAACCAGGGGAUGGCAUAUGUCCUCAUCGACUGCCCAUGUAGCCGAUUUGACAAGCAAUCGUUGUGUAAACCUCGAUAUGGAAAAUGCGUCCAAGGAAAACGGCAUGUUCCUAUUAAAAUUCUAGAUGUCGCUGGAUUGGUUCCAGGUGCUUCUCAAGGAAACGGUCUUGGAAACCAAUUCUUGGAUGAUUUACGUACUGCAGAUGCACUGAUUCAUGUGGUAGAUGUAUCUGGAACGACAGAUGAAUCAGGAAAAGUAACUGUUGGAUAUAAUCCUAUCAACGACAUUGAUUGGCUCAAGUCAGAGAUUAGCAACUGGAUAUAUUUUAAUCUGUGGAAAAAAUGGGGAAAUAUUGUUCGUCGACACAUGGCAACCAGAUCGUCAACGGCCGAGACAUUGCAAUUGCAGUUUAGCGGAUACGGUGCUAAUUUGGCAAUGGUAAAUCGAUUUUUAGAUAAAUUUCCUGAUAAAAGAUCAUUAGACAUGUGGAACAGCGAUACCGUUAUGAUGAUGGUCAAUGCAUUCAUAGCAGAGCGAUUUCCCACUCUAGUGGCACUCAACAAGAUAGAUUUGCCAGACUCUGACAAAAAUAUUGAUCUUAUUAGCAGGAAAUAUGGCCAAGACAACAUUGUUUUGGUCAGUGCGCUUGCCGAAACAUUUUUGCGCAAACUGCACAAGCAAAAAUUCAUAAAGUAUCAUGAAGGAACAGAUGUGUUUGAGCUUGCUGAAGAUCAAGUUGAUCCUAGUGUCGAAGAAAAGCUUUUGACUUUGGAUGACAAGGCACGAAAUCGACUAGAGCGCGUUCAAGACCUGGUCUUGUUUCGGUAUGGCCAUACAGGUGUCCAAGAAUGUUUACAGCAAAUGAUUGCUCUGUUAAAACUAGUGCCAGUGUUUCCUGUACGCAACAUUAAUAGCUUUUCAAGCUCGAGCGGUACACGCAUGGGUGGAGUGUUUCGAGACUGUAUGUUUGUACAGCCUGGUACUACAAUCAGACAGUUGGCAGGAAUGGUUCAUCCAGAUCUUGACAAGUACUACCAGUAUGCAGAGACUGUUGGCAGUAUUCGCCUUGGUGAAGACGAUUUGGUUACGCUGGAUAAUAAUAUUGUCUCGUUCAAGACCUAUGUGGAGAUUCGUCCACCCAAAGCAGGUGGAUAA